AUGCGGUUGAUGUCUGCCCUCCCCGAUUUUUAUUAUUUUAUAUUUGCAGCCUAUGAGCCCACUCUCUGCAUCCUAGGUUUCUUUGGAGCAUUGGCGUAUGCCUGGCCUUCAGAUUCGCCACCGCCAGACGUCCUACCGCGCGCCAGUCUCGUCACCGUCAUCCAGCUCGCCCACGUUUGCGCGUUGGUCGGCGUCAUCAACUUCUUCCUGCUCUCUGCCGUACGGAAGCACCUCCAUGCUCUCCCAGCUCUCCAGGAAAAGUUCACCUUUGCCCUCCUCUGCCCACUAUUAAUCGGCGACUUGAUGCAUCUCUACUUGACCCUAUGGUCUCUCGGUGACCAAAAGUGGGACGUCUGGAAUUGGAGCCCAAUGUUAUGGGCGACAAUAGGCCUCGGCAUGACUCUGCUCAUUCCCCGCAUUUGUUGGCAUCUGGGAAUCGGCCGCUAUGUAGACGCAAGGGAUGGCAAUUUCCCCAAGAUUUUUCAGAAGUAG